AUGCAAACAUUAGCGUCUCCAUUAACUGAAACAACUCGUAUCGAAGUUAAUGUUGCCGAAUUCGCGCGUGGUGAAAUCGCUGUUAAACUUCGACGUGAUAACACAUUACUUGUACAUGCUCUACAUCUUGAUCAAUUCGCUGUAGAUAAUUUUUUUCGUAAAGAAUUAGUUAAAACAUUUCCUUUACCACCCGGUGCCGAUGUUGAUAAAAUACGUUCAAUCAUACGGAACAAUGGAGUAUUGACCAUUGACAUACCUAUGUUAAGAGAUAAUGAUGCAAUACGACGUUCACAUGAAGAAUUACUACGAGCAAUGGAUCAGCCGAGGCCCCAACGAAAAAAUGAUUAUGUACGUUCAGUUUCGCAAGCGAACGUGACGGAUUUUGCUCAACAAUCGUUAAGACAAGAACCGUCAACAGUGCACAAAAGUACGGGAAGUCUGGCUAACAUGGAUCACCGACAACAUUCAGCAUCAUUUAAUAUCGCGGACUUUCUACAAUCGAAAUUCCAUCCAACAUUUACACCGAAUCGUAAAAAGUUAACCUUAAAAGUCGACACACGUGGAUAUCAACCCGAAGAACUGACUGUUCGCCUAUUGGAUGAUAAUUUAUUAGUACAAGGAAAGAAAGCCUCGUCGUCAUCCAAAAUAUCGGACAGUAAACAAUUUAGUCAAAGUAUUCGUUUACCUGAUGGAAUUGAUAAAUGCAAUGUUACGUCUCAAGUUAUGGAUGACGGAAUGCUCUUUAUUGAAAUACCAUUGAUUAAUUCAUCCAUGUACCGAUGA